UGCCGUGUGGCGCGCGGGUUCUGGUCCGGGCGGUGGUCGGCGGGCUCGGGUCCCUCGACACCCGGGGGCGCGCGGAGGCUCGAGAGGGCGUCGGGUGCCUGCCCUGGCCGCGCGGCCAUGAACCUGGAGCCGCUGCGCAAACGCGUCCGGCAGUACCUGGACCAGCAACAGUAUCAAAGUGCUCUGUUUUGGGCAGACAAGGUAGCUUCACUCUCUCAUGAGGAACCCCAGGAUGUUUAUUGGUUGGCUCAGUGCCUUUACCUCACAGCACAGUACCACAGAGCAGCCCAUGCGCUCCGGUCACGAAAGCUGGACAAACUGUAUGAAGCUUGCCGAUACCUUGCAGCUAGAUGCCACUACGCUGCAAAGGAGCACCAGCAGGCUCUGGACAUCCUUGACAUGGAGGAACCAAUUAACAGAAGGCUCUUUGAGAAAUACAUGAAGGAUGACAGUGGCUCGAGAGACCCUUCCAGUGACUGGGAGAUGUCACAGUCCUCCAUAAAGAGCUCUAUUUGUCUCCUGCGAGGGAAGAUUUAUGAUGCUUUGGAUAAUCGCACACUGGCUACCUACAGUUACAAAGAGGCUCUGAAACUCGAUGUCUACUGCUUUGAAGCCUUUGAUCUUUUGACAUCACACCACAUGCUGACAGCACAGGAAGAAAAAGAACUCCUGGACUCCUUGCCUCUUAACAAGCUCUGUGCUGAAGAACAAGAGUUGCUGCGAUUUGUAUUCGAGAACAAAUUAAAGAAGUAUAAUAAGCCCAGUGAGACCGUCAUUCCUGAGUCAGUGGACGGCCUGCAGGAGAACCUGGAUGUGGUAGUGUCUUUAGCUGAGAGACAUUAUUACAACUGUGAUUUUAAGAUGUGCUACAAGCUUACUUCUACAGUGAUGGAGAAAGAUCCUUUCCAUGCAAACUGUUUACCUGUGCACAUAGGAACUCUUGUGGAGCUGAAUAAAGCGAAUGAACUUUUCUAUCUUUCUCACAAACUGGUGGAUUUAUAUCCAAGUAAUCCUGUGUCUUGGUUUGCGGUGGGAUGUUACUAUCUCAUGGUUGGUCAUAAAAAUGAGCAUGCCAGAAGAUAUCUCAGCAAAGCUACUACGUUGGAGAAGACCUAUGGGCCUGCCUGGAUAGCCUACGGGCAUUCCUUCGCUGUGGAGAGUGAGCACGACCAAGCAAUGGCUGCUUACUUCACAGCAGCACAGCUGAUGAAGGGGUGUCACUUGCCAAUGCUAUAUAUUGGAUUAGAAUAUGGCUUGACCAAUAACUCGAAACUGGCUGAGCGGUUCUUUGGCCAAGCUCUGAGCAUCGCCCCAGAAGACCCGUUUGUCAUCCAUGAGGUUGGAGUGGUUGCCUUUCAGAACGGAGAAUGGAAAACAGCAGAAAAAUGGUUUCUCGAUGCUUUGGAAAAAAUUAAAGCAAUUGGGAAUGAGGUAACCGUUGACAAAUGGGAACCUUUGUUGAACAACUUGGGGCAUGUCUGCAGAAAACUUAAGAAAUACGCUGAGGCUUUGGAUUACCACAGGCAGGCACUGGUGCUGAUCCCUCAGAACGCAUCCACCUACUCUGCCAUAGGGUACAUCCACAGUCUGAUGGGCAACUUUGAAAACGCUGUGGACUAUUUCCACACAGUAUGUCUUUGCUUAUAUUUUACUCUAAGUCUGUUAGGAGCAGACAUUAAAGACAAAUUAAAGUGCUAUGACUUCGAUGUGCAUACAAUGAAAACACUAAAAAACAUCAUUUCGCCUCCGUGGGAUUUCAGGGACUUUGAAGUAGAAAAGCAGAACACAGAGGAAGCGGGGCUUGCACCUCUGCAAAACUCCACUAAAACUCCAGAGUCCAGACCUACCUUGGAAGAGACUUUUGAAAUUGAAAUGAACGAGAGUGACAUGAUGCUAGAGACGUCUAUGUCAGACCACAGCACAUAGCCACAGCACUGAACCUGACAGGUCCAGGUCCCACCUUCAUGUGCCAGUGUAGGUCAGUGUCCCCUGCAGCCUUGCUACAUCAUAAGAAUUUCCCAGUUCCUGAUGUGACUCCAAACUACAUCUCUACAUUUAGGAUCAGCAGCCUGCAUUAAGAGGUGGGACAGCAGGCCUUGGCAACAGAUGUUUUCUGAUUUUCUGAACCUACAAAGUAGUUAGUUUCAUGUAGCAGAAUAAAGAAGGUCAACUGUUCGUUAUCUUUUUCAUUGUGUCUUUUCCAAUAAAUUUAUAUUUGGGAAUAACUUCAGAAGUUUCCAAACUGA